AUGGCAGCACAGCGAGCGCGAAAAAUCGCCGUGGUAGGCUCCCGAGCCGUCGGCAAGUCAUCCAUGACCGUGCAGUUCGUCGAGCAGCAUUUCGUGGAGUCGUACUACCCCACAAUCGAAAACCAGUUCUCCAAGACCAUUGUGUACAAGGGCAUUGAGUAUAACACGGAGAUCAUCGACACAGCAGGCCAGGAUGAGUUUAGUAUCAUGAACCAGAAGCAUCUCCUGGGUGUCCAUGGAUACCUACUGGUGUACUCGGUCACUUCACGAUCCACCUUUGACGUGCUGCCCAUCAUCCACGACAAGAUUCUCAACGCUACAGGCUCGUCGUCAAUCCCGCUGGUCAUUGUAGGCAACAAGUCAGAUCUAGACUCCCAGCGACAAGUGUCUGUUGAGGAGGCAAAGGAACUGGCUGCAUCUUGGGGAGGAGCCUUUGUCGAGACUUCCGCCCGUGACGGCACCAAUGUCGCCAAGGCAUUCGAGCUCUUGGUAGAGGAGAUUGAGAAGACCCAGAACAAGACUGACCCUGCUGCGCAGAACAAGAAUUGUAUCGUCAUGUAA